AUGUCCCGUUGUGAAUGCCUUCUCGACAUGGGAUUGACCAGUUUGUCGGGGGCCCACCCGUCGUCGAGCUCACCUCGGCAGAUCAGCGCUUUCCUGCGACGUUUGUCGAAGUCAGGGCAACACCUGGCCGCUUGGCGCUCACUGACGAGUUGGCAGAAGUUGGGAGUGGAGAUGAACCAGAUCCAUCACAACAUUGUGCUGAGUGCCUCAGCGAAGGCCUCUGAUUGGUUGCUGGCACUUCACAUUUUCGGCGUUAUGCAGCAGUACAUGUGCCCCGAUCUCAUCAGCCAUUGCGGCGCCAUGGAGGCAUGUUCCAAAGCCAGCCUUUGGCAGGCCUCUCUUCAAUUGUUGAGCUCGGCACAACAUGCGAAACUGACUCCGGACGUGGUCAUGGUCAGUGCAGGAAUUGACGCCUGUGAUGCUGGAAGGAAUUGGCAAGGAGCUGUGCAUUUUCUGGAAUUAAUGAAAGCGUGGGCAGUGCGCCCAAACCCGAUCACUUACACCAACCUUUUGAGUGCCUGUGGUUCCUGCGGCCAGUGGCCGGUGGCAUUGGCACUCAUCUCCACCAUGACUUCACCCAACACAGUCAGCUGUGGUGCGGGCAUCAGCAGCUUGGGAUCUCAGUGGCAGGUCGCCAUCCAACUGAUGAAGUGGAUGCAAGGUCUCCAUGUGCAGCAGAACACUGCCACCUACAACAGCCUUAUAAAGGUUUGUGGCGCUGGUGGCGCUUUGGAAGUGGGGCUAAACCUUCUUGACGACAUGCGAGCCGAGAAGGUUUUGCCCAACGCACUGACGUUUACUUCUUUGAUGUCAGCAGUUGGCAGUUCACAGGAAUGGAUGCGUGCCAUGGACUUGGCCAAACUGAUGCAGUCAAGCAAGGUAUCCAUCAAUCUUAUCACUCGGAACAGCCUUAUCAAUGCCCUGUCUCAGGGCUCAGCAUGGCAAACGGCUUUGACCAUUCUGGUGCAAACGCUGAGCAGUUGCCAGGCCACAGAUUCUGCCAGCUUUCAUGCAGUAAUUCGAGCAGCUGAUGUCGCUUCGAAAUGGCCGCUGGCUCUGGUGGUUUUGGCUGAAAUGCCAAAGCGUCACAUUGAGGGCUGCUUGGUUUGCUGCAGUUCCGCAAUGCGAGCCUGCAGGAGCGAAUGGCAGGUGGUCGUGGCGUUGCUGGCCUCGGUGUUUUCAUUGCAACUGCUUCCAGACGCAACUGCCUACACGGCAGCAGUGACUGCAUGUGGUCAGGCCAGUCAUUGGCAAGCAGCCUUGGACAUUUUUGCAGGGAUUCCAAACAAGGAUGUCAAUGCGAUCACCUACAGCGCUUUAACUGGGGCACUUUCUACAGCUGGCGUGUGGGAGCUAGUUUCUGCGUCGGUACGGGAUAUGAUAGCACGAGACAUUAGGAGCUUCUCAGAGUCGAAGUAUGACCAUACGGUACAAGCCGGGAGCUCUUUGGACUGCUUCAAGCACUCUAUUCUGGUGAUGUUCCUUCAAGACUUUUGUGCGAAUGCAGAUCCAUUGCUUUUCGUGGAUACGCAUGCUGGUCGAGGUUUGUAUGAUCUGAGCGUGGAAGGAAGGACCAGCACAAACUACGAGCUUGGGAUUGGCAAGCUCUUGGCACUGAAAGCUGAAGCCCAGAUGCUUGCCUAUCAACAAGCAAUAUUUAGAUAG